UCUGCGCACGCGCAUGGCUGCCCCGGGGCACGCCGGUCACACACCGAACCCCGCGGGUCGGCGGCGCGGUUGCCAUGGCAGCGGGGUCGCGGGCUGGCGCGUGGGAAGCCCCCGAGGCUGCUGGCUGCCAGGGAUGCCCGUGGAGCCCCAGACCCGGACGCCCGAGCCCACAGCGCUGAGGGGCGACUGGGCAGCGCCGCCACCAUGUUCCUGAGCACCGGGGAGCCAGCCUCGGAGACGGGAGAUGACAGUCUGUCUGCAGUCACCUUUGACUCUGACUUGGAGAAGAGAGCAAAAAGGAAAGCUUUCCACAAACCUCCACCCACAUCGCCAAAGUCACCUUACCUCUCUAAGCCGAGGAAAGUGGCCUCCUGGAGGUCCCUCAGGACAACAGGGAGCAUGCCUCUGAGCGGUCGAGCGUCCCUGACCCCGCAGAAGCUGUGGCCAGGAACUGCAAAACCAGGAAAUCUGACCCCAGCCCUGAACUCGCACCUCACCUGGGAGCAUGCGUGGACCAGCACCCCCGGCAGCACUUCUGACUAUCUGACAGAUGCCUUAAGAGUGAAGAGGCCACAUCUCAGGUGCUCUGCCAGCCAGGGUCAUGUCCCUGGGACUCCUGUCUACAGGGAGAAAGAAGAUAUGUAUGAUGAGAUUAUUGAGUUAAAGAAGACAUUGCACGUGCAGAAAAGUGACGUGGACCUGAUGAGAACGAAGCUCCGGCGCCUGGAAGAGGAAAACAGCAGGAAGGACCGGCAGAUAGAGCAGCUUCUGGAUCCCAGCCGAGGCACAGAUUUUGUUCGGACUCUGGCAGAGAAAAGGCCCGAUGCCAGUUGGGUCAUUAAUGGGCUGAAGCAGAGGAUCCUGAAGCUGGAGCAGCAGUGCAAGGAGAAGGAUGGCACUAUCAGCAAACUCCAGACCGAUAUGAAGACAACCAACUUGGAAGAGAUGCGAAUCACCAUGGAGACGUACUAUGAGGAGAUACAUCGUCUCCAGACUCUCUUGGCAAGUUCUGAAACCACUGGAAAGAAGCCCCUGGGGGAGAAGAAGACGGGCGCCAAAAGGCAAAAAAAGGUGGGCAAUACCCUCCUGAGCUUGUCCCGGAGCGUCCAGGAGCUCACGGAGGAGAACCAGAGCCUGAAGGAGGACCUGGACCGAGUGCUGAGCACCUCCCCCAGCAUCUCCAGGACGCAGGGUUACGUGGAGUGGAGCAAGCCCCGGCUGCUGAGGCGCAUUGUGGAGUUGGAGAAGAAACUAAGUGUGAUGGAGAGCUCAGAAUCACACGCCGCAGAGCCAGUCAGAUCACACUUGCCAGCCCGCCCUGCAUCCAGCUCUGCACUGCACAGACAGCCACGAGAGGACCGCCACGAGGACCACGAGCGUCUCCGAGGGGCUGUGAGAGACCUGAAGGAAGAGCGGACCGCCCUGCAGGAGCAGCUGCUGCAGAGAGAUUUGGAAGUGAAACAGCUCCUGCAGACGAAGGCCGACCUGGAGAAGGAGCUGGAGUGUGCCAGGGAGGGCGAGGAGGAGAGGAGAGAGCGAGAGGAGGCUUUGAGGGAGGAGAUUCAGACACUUACCAGCAAGCUCCAAGAACUGCAAAAAAAGAAAGAAGAGCAGGAGGCUUGCCAGGAAGUUCCUCGUAAGGCUCAAGAGAUCCCAGCUCCCAUUCCCAGCCCCCGGCGCUUGGAGCAAGACUGGCCGCUGGAUUCCAGUAAGGAGGGGCUCCUACUGCCCCACUCUCAGUGCUCCGAUGGGAGAAGAGACGCUGCUGCCAGGGUCCUGCAGGCCCAGUGGAAGAUGUACAAGCACAAGAAAAAAAAGGCUGUUCUGGAUGAGGCGGCUGUGGUGCUUCAGGCAGCUUUCAGGGGACAUCUGGUGCGGACAAAGCUCUUAGCAAGCAAAGCACGUGGCUCAGAGGCGCCCAGUGUGCCAGGCCUCCCAGACCAGGGCUUUCCCGUGCCCCAUGUUGCGAGCUCCAUCGCCCAGGCCGACGGCAGCCCUGCACAGGAGGCCAUCGUCAUCAUCCAGUCCGCUCUUCGGGCACACCUGGCCCGGGCCAGCUACAGCGCUACCAGUAAAAGAACCACCACAUCAGCUUCUGCUAAGAGGAGAUCAGCUUCAGCUACACACGGGGACGCCUCCUUGCCACCCUUCCUGGCAGCUCCUCCUGGAAAUUGGGGAACAAAAAGGAAACUGGAAGCAGAGAACCCGUGUGGCUCAACGGCAGCACGCGAGCUAAGGCCAGCCUUCCAGCGGCAGAGAUGCACUUGCUUUUCCGAGGAAACUGGGCCUUUGAUGGAUGCGGGGCUCUUCCUGCUCAGUCGCCACAACAACUCAUCCCUAGUCUUAACAGUCACAUUACCAAGUUUGCCAUUAGCAAGAGGAAUUAAGAGUGAAUGUGAGUCACUGCACCUAACCUUUCAUCCUCCGGACAACGAUUCAGACUGCACCUUACCAAGGGAUUUCGAGAGAAUGCUUCCGAAAACCAGCUUCAGGAAACUGGAGCAAACACGUUCAUAUCCAGGCUCUCUCACUCACAGUGCUGGGUGACCCUGAGAGUUCCUGAACCUCUUCAAACCCCUAUUUCCUCAGUUGUAAAAUAGCACUAAAAAUACUUCCUCUAUCUCCCACCAGGGAUUGGUAUAAUAAGCAAAAGCAACCAUGGAAGAACUUCGAAAACUAAACCUACAUAGGCACUAAUAGCACUAGCUAAGGAUUU